AUGUCCGAAGAGAGUGCUGAUGCCAUGUUCGUUGGCACCCUCGAUCGCCUAACCGCCGAACACCCCCACACCGAUGACCCAAGAUUUGCUUUCCAGUCUAACCAAUGGAACAAUUGUGAGCUCCGUUUCACACAGUUCUGCCGCUGCACUCGUGAGCUCGGUGAGGACGACCCUAGAUGCAAAUAUCAGUACUACCGUGCCCAGACGGUUUGCCACGAGUUCCUCCUUGAAGACUGGAUGGAGCACAGGCAUCGAGGUACAUGUGACCUUGAUAUCAUGCCCGAUCGCCAGGUCAUCCACAUGAGGCAGUAG